AUGGCGGACAGCGCGAGUGAGAGCGAUACGGACUCGACAAAAUUAACAUCUCCAGGCCAACUGGAGCAGCUUCGUAGCCGAGUUGCUUCGCUAGAACAGCAAAAUAGGGUGUUAAAGAUAGAAGUGGAAACGUAUAAGCUAAAAUGCAAGGCAUUACAAGAAGAUAACCGAGAAUUAAGGAUGGUUAGCGUGUCCAUUCAAGCACGUGCUGAGCAGGAAGAAGAAUUCAUCAGCAAUACACUUUUGAAGAAGAUUCAAACACUGAAGAAAGAAAAAGAGAAGUUAGCUGUAAAUUAUGAACAAGAAGAAGAGUUCCUCACAAAUGACUUGUCAAGAAAACUCAUGCAGCUUCGUCAGGAGAAAGUGCAGCUAGAACAGACACUGGAACAAGAACAAGAAUUUCAAGUUAAUAAACUAAUGAGGAAAAUAGAUAAACUGGAAAAUGACAUCACUGGAAAACAGCAUUCUCUUGAACAGUUGAGAAGGGAGAAGGUUGAUUUGGAGAACACAUUGGAGCAGGAACAAGAAGCAUUAUUGAACAGGUUAUGGAAAAGAAUGGAUAGAUUAGAAGCAGAAAAAAGGAUGUUACAAGAAAGAUUGGAUCAACCAAUUUCUGGUCCCCCAUCUCCUCGCGAUAUCAAGAAUGGUGAUAAUACAGAGGUGCUCACAGUACAUGUUCAACAACUUCGCAGUGAAGUUCACAGACUCAAGAAAUUAUUGGCUGCUGCUCAGCAAGAACAUACCGACAAGAUGAACCACUAUGCCAUGGAGGAAAAACAAAUUAAAGAAGAGAAUCUUCGUUUACAAAGAAAACUACUUAUGGAGAUGGAGAGGCGAGAAGCUCUAGGACGACAGCUUUCAGAGAGUGAAUCCAGCCUUGAAAUGGAUGAUGAAAGACACUUUAAUGAAAUGGCGUCACAUGGAAGUCUUCGUCCAAGGACUGUCUCAAGCCCUAUACCAUAUUCUCCAUCUUCAAGUAGACCAAUGUCACCAGGUCACCAUAGCAGUAGCAUACCGUUUACCCCUCCAUCACCUCUGAGUAGUCGUUGUUCUUCAUGUGGAAGUACAUCAUUCUGGUCAACACCAUCUGCUUUGCCCAGUACCUCUCCCCCACCUUUCUCACAUAUGAGAGCAAGAGUUGUGACAAGUCCAGAUAAAUUUGUGAAACCAACCUCUCCAAAUUCAUAGACAGUGGUGAGCUGUACAAGACCACCCAUGUCAGCAAAGCAGUCUUCUCUUCAUACAGAAUAGAGAAAGACAACUAUGGACUGAAUCAAAUGGACUAGUGUUAUAAAUAUUGCUUUUGAAUUGUAUCGACCAUUGUGUUUUCGCAAGUAAGUUGCUGUUAAAUUGAAAGCCAUUUGAUGUGAGCAAUUUUCUGAUCGGGGAAUCUUGCACAUCUUAUCCUAAGCUUGCUUGGUCAAAGUAUCAUAACUGGCUUUAAUUAACAACUUGCACCAUUGAGUGUAUUUAGAUAACAGAAAGUUGCAUAACAAGUUGUAGUGGGAGCUGUUUUAUAGUUUAGUACAAGAAGACACUGAAAUAUGAACUGAUAUGAUAUAUUAUGAGAUGUUUGAGGGUGGGUUGAAAUCUCUGACUUCUUAAAGGCAAAACCGUCCCUGGGAUACUGCUUGUAUUUAUUUGCCAAAAAGUCAGGUUAAGGUCUUAAAGUGUCCUGAAACUAAUAAAAGGAAUUCGAAUGCCAAUCUGUAUGUAGGAUAGCCACACUAAAUGCAUUCUAUUGUAUUUUCUUGAUCAUUAUGGGUGCUCAAAACACUAGGGCUAAUUCAAAUUGUAGUGUAGUGUAUUUUCCACCGACUCGUCUGUUCUUCCGCAAACCACAAUUUUAUAUUAAGGAAAAAACGUUAAUUUUUUUUUAUUGUGCCAACAAUUUGUGUAGUCAGAUUGGAGGGGAUUGAGUUUAAUUGUUUUGAUCUUCCCUGCCAAGCUUGCCCAAGGCAUGUAUAUCUUGCUAAUCAAAGAUAUACCUCUAGGGAGAUAAAUGCAUGUACAUGGUGGUCAAAACCACAUUUCAAUAUUUAAAAAAAUGAUUUUGUAAUUAAUCUUGCCAACUUGUUAGAGUUUGUUGCCUCACUUAUUGUCACUUGCACUUUUUGCCCAAAUUGAUGUAAUUAUCAAUGGAAGUCUUUGAUAAAUUUUCUAAGAACUUAAAUUCCUUGAAAUCUUCAGGAGCAAAUAUGCCAUAGAAAAGUGAGAUUUUAAGUUGUGUAAUACUCUGUUAUCUUAAAGAUCUUCUUAAAAUGUUCAUCACCAGUCUCACUCGCCAACUCGCAUGUACUACAGAUCAGUGGUAAUAUGCCAACAUCAGCGGUUUAAGUUUGCUAAUUGUACAUGAAAUGAACUAUACAUUCCACUUUAUACUGUUGAAGUUUGUUUUGUAUACAGC